AUGCAAACAUCCCUUUCCAAACUCGGAUCCAACUUUUCAUUUAUGAUGAAAGAAUCAUUAUCAUCCAGUCGUAGUAGUGGUGGUCAUCAUAGUUCUAUGAAUACCUGCGGUGGUGGUGCUGGUAGCAUCGGUAUCCAGGCAGAGAAUAAUGUUGCCUUUGCCAAACCAUAUUGGGGAAAAUGGUAA